AUGGUCGCGGAGCUGACGGGCAUUCCCCUGGGGAACGCAGGACGUAAAACAGCCACGAUCGAUCCCGAGAAGCUCAGGUGCUCGACGAAGCCGAGGAACAGACCCAAAUGGAUCCAAGCCGCGACUCGCGAGCCGAUCUACAGCGUUCUUGACAGCAACGAGACCGCGACGGGUCGUGUGCCGACGGUUGUCAGGAGCAAGGUGGUGGUGAUCAGCGCGGUGAAAAGUGAAAAACCGUGGAGGAACGACGGGGACGUACCACGAGACGUGCAAAGGGAAUUACCUUACGUCUGGCUACCGACCGAGAACAAAACUACGUCGCAGGACUCCGCGGACGAGGAUCCGCUUUACAGCGUGGUGAGGAAACCGAAAAAGGUACAGUUGCCGGAAACGAUCGUACCGGAGAGGAAACUGCAACCGAUCGAGGAGCUGUCGAUCAACGAAGCCAGGCAAAUACAGCCGGAGGUGCGUUCGCGACAGGAGGAACUGAAACGUUGGUUGCAGAUAGCGUCCAAGCAGCUACCGAAACCGCGACGUCUGUUCAAUCUCGGUGAAAUGCAGGCGAGCCACGCGGUAGGGUUCGAUCAGCUGCAAGCUGAUUGGAAGAGGCCCGUCUCGGUGCCGCGAGGAAUCGUUGGUCUGGUAGGACCCUACAGAGUCUAUCAGAAUCCCAACGAAAGACGGGAGUACAUGCUCCAGGAGGAGGAGCUGGUCGAGGAGGUGGUCGAUUCCGUCAGUGAAAUUGCCGAGCUCGAUCAAAACGCCACCGAGCACCAUCAGAGAGCAAAAUGGAGGAUAAGGGAGGAAGACGAGGAGACCCUGGUGCCCGACAUUCGCGAUAUACCCGGCCUCGAGGAUUUCGCGAUGCAGACGGAGAACACCGAGACGACGAUCGAGUACAAUCGGUGCGACGAGGUGUCCAAGACGAUCGUGGACGAGUUCGAGGGAAACAUGAGCGGCGUCGUGUCCGGGAAGGAGGAAAGGGCGGUGGACGUUCCCGAUCAAGUCUCCAACGCGUCCACGUCGUCGCUGAAGGACAAGAAGGCCAGCAAUGAGCAACACGACAAGGACAGCCUGAACGAAACGGGAAGCACAACGGGGGGCACCGUGGAGGGUGCACCUGGAGGUGCCCCUAACAGGGGUGAGAGGAACACGGACACCGAGACUGCACCACCUGACGCGACCAGGUCCGCGGCGCCCACCAAGUCCCUGGUCUCCAAGAUUCUUUCCAGGGCACGCUCUUCGAACGACCUGUUGGAUCACUCGGAACCCUUUUCUCAAUUAUGGGUCGUCCUGUCGAACGUUUACGGCCAGCUGAUCGUGGUGCUGAUGAUCGCUCUGUGCUUGGCCGAAGUCAUGGACACGCCUGUCCCUCUUCUCAGUUUGCAAGGCGUGUUCCUGAUGUAUCUGUACGUGGGAAGCAUAGCUGUGAUCAUCAGUAUUUACAUAUGGGUGUUGGUGGACAGCUGUGGAAGUCUCGGUGCCGGUGCUACCGGCGUUGACGACGCGGAACUCGGUGGCGCGUCUUUAACCAGGUUUGGAUCGUUGAAGCGUGCACACAUCUCGCGAUCCAGGACAGCACCCACAAGUUUCUACAUUCGGGUUGGAGCACUUCUCUUUGGUUUGGCGACCCUGGUUUUCAACGGUCUGGAAAUGGCGAUGCACUCGAUGAUGCAGGGCGCUGAAUGUUUGAGCGACGUCGUCUUUGUGCAUCCAGUUCUCCACGGGCUCUUCACGUUUCUGCAGAUGCACUUUCUCUUCGUCAACUCGCAGGUUCUCGUAGAAAGAUUCGGUUUAGCAGCGAGGUUCGGAUUUAUCCAUCUGGCCGCCACGAACAUCGCAGUUUGGAUUCGAAUGGUAAUCUGGGAUUCCGCCCAGGAAUGGACGUACUUUGUUCACCUGGCUCAACGAGGUCUGCACAAUUCUGCUUCCCCGUUGAACCUUCGUGGAUUCCCAGAGUCUUUGAUAAGGCACUCUAGGGACUUACGAGAUCAUUCCUCGCCAGAUAAAAGCGUCUUUCAACCGUACCAGCCUAUUUCGAACGAACAAAUCUCUCAGGUGAUUGCCCUCCAAGAAUGUCUGAACACGAAUACUCUUGGGCAGCUGUGGACAUCGAGCAUGCCAUUCCUUUACCCGUUUAUCGUGCAAUUCAGUUUGAUAGCUGCUGCAGUGACUUUUGUGAUGGGUCAGAACGUAGGACGCAAUCGAUUGUCGCACAAACAAAAGUUUCACGGUAGCAAGGAUCUGACGAGUCACACCAAGGUUGGUUGCGAUGGUUCCAGCAAGGGUUUGUUCCUGGGUAUACUCUGCAUGGUGGCAGGCAUCGUAGUCAUCCUGAUAUUCCUGGUCGUGAGAGAGGACGAGCACUUUCCGUCGACCACGUUGUCCUGGUUGACGUGCGGCACUCUGAUCAGUAUUCUGACGCUGAGCAGUUUGAUGACGGCCAGCGGGCUCAUGCAAGUCCGGCAAAUGUCCGUGGUGACGAGAGCACCUGCAGCGUUGGACAGUUUAUUGUCGAACGUGGCCCUUUUUGGCGUCCAACUCUACUCCGUGUUCACGGUGGUGGUUUCCGCCUGUUCGUUGGCCAUACUGGAGGAUGAACCCGACGAGACCCGCGCGAGACACAUCAUGUUGCUCACAGCGUCCAUAUUGCAGCUGAUCCAGUGUUUCGCGCAAAGCACGUUGAUAGCAGAGGCGUCGAAACGAUCCUGCAUAACUCGUUUCCAAAUAAUAGCGAAACCCGCCAGGCAGGUGAUCACUUUCCUGUUGUUCAGUAAUUCUGUCUUGUGGGCCUUCGACACGGUGAUCACGCAGAACUGGAUCUCGCAAGAGCUGCAGCUGAGAUUCUUCGGGGUGCUCGCGUGGGGCGUCAUAUCCAGGAUCGGUCUUCCUCUGUUGAUCUUCUACCGGUUUCACAGUUGCGUGUUGCUCCUGGAAGCGUGGAACAAGUGCUAUAGAAUGCCAAGGGGAGAGCAUCCGCUCAACUGACGACACAGAACGUCGUACCCAUGUUUCUCUAGACAGCAGCCGACGUCGUACCGCUCGUAUCGCGGCAGAAAGGUGACGAUCAACCUGCGGCAGGACGAACGGUCCUCCACGAUCCAGGGAACCCCAAAGAGACUGUUCUGUCAGAGUUCGUUGAUAAUGGAUACAGUG